GCCAUGUCGUGGGCGGCAAUGACCGUCAACAAUGACACCCGCGGGUGGAUCCUGGCCGUGGUGAGCGGCAUUGCCUGCGUCUUGGGCGCGUCCAUCAUCUGCCUCUUCUCUUCGCUCUACAGCAUGCUCCCCGAGUCAAAAGAGUACUUUGAACAAGAGGGUUGGUCUGACCAAGCUGCUGGCCUGGUCAUGAUGCUCUUCUUCGCCUUGGGAUUCCUCGGCAUCCAAGCUGUGUCGCGAUUUCUCCACCAAUUCAUGCCUUCCCACGUCGUCGACUGCGAUCAUACCCAUGGCGGCAGAGUGUCUCAUGACGGCCAUUCCCACCAUGCCUCUCUCGACCGAGCGCAUUCACGACCGAGCCGCGCGAGACGGCGGCUCUCCCGACCACCUGACAACAAGAUAUCAGAUAUUACAGAGGGCAGUGAGGGCCAACCCCUCAUGACCGAGUCGACCCCUUUGCUCAGCUCCGAGCGUAGUCGCCCCAACCCCUUAUUACCUGCCCGCGACUCGAUAAGAGACGAGCCGGUGCGGCGGAACGGCAGCCCUCUGUCACCCACCCGCAGUCGUGCUACCACCGGCGCCGAUGCCGUGACUUCCAGCAGGCGCUCUUCCGCAUUCGAGGUCCCGAGGCGGGUCUUGUCCUUUGUCAAGGACACGAAGCGCGAUUGUAGCGAGUCCGGACCCUGCUACGGAUACUCUGACCCUUGCGGCCAAGAGUGCUUCAAGCACCUCAGCAGUCGCGCAGCGAGUAAUGCGCGCCAGCCCUCCUCCGUGCGGUCCUUUACGGGACACUUCCAAGCCCACCACUCGUUCCACGCCACUCAUGAUCCCGCCAAUGGCGAUCCCAACGACCUACCCAUCAGCCCGAGUCGGGUGGCCUCUCGCGACUCUACAACUCUCACUGGCGAGGACACCAGCAGUAGCGAGAACGCCUUUCCGUGCUCGCAGAUGGAUGAGGGCGACGCCGAAGCCCAACAUCACCACCACGUCCCAACCAACGCCUUCCUUUCCAUCGGGCUGCAGACGUCCAUCGCCAUCGCCCUCCACAAGCUUCCGGAAGGCUUCAUCACCUACGCCACGAACCACGCCAACCCCACGCUGGGGUUCAACGUCUUCAUGGCCCUGUUCGUCCACAACAUCUCCGAGGGUUUUGCCAUGGCCCUGCCCCUUUACAUGGCCCUCGGGUCCCGCUGGCGGGCCAUGGCCUGGUCGGCUGUCCUGGGUGGCUUGUCGCAGCCGUGCGGCGCGGGCAUCGCGGCUCUGUGGUUCAAGCUUGCCAACAGGACCAACGUGACGCCGAGCGCGGUUGCGUAUGCGUGCCUGUUUGCGCUGACGUCGGGCAUCAUGGUCAGUGUUGGGCUACAGCUGUUUGUCGAGAGCCUGAGCUUCAACCAUAACCAGAACCUUUGCAUGUUUUUUGCCUUCUUGGGCAUGUGUUUGCUGGGGUUCAGCAACGCCAUGUUGGCGGAACACUGAAAACUGCCGACUCCGUCCAUACGUUGGAUUCUUCGUUGGAUAUGAGGCCCUGGCAGUUUAAUCAGGAACUUUCAUUUUACGUUCAAGAGGAGAACCUGUUUAUCUUUGCAUUGCAUCAAGUAUUUCCUUCUUCGCUGCGAGCACAUUAGAGAGUUAUGGUCAGGGCGCAUUUGGCCGCUUGUGGAUAUCCUUUUUGUUCUGAGGGACCUGGGCGUCAGGGGUUUCGACUUUGCAUAGUAUCGGACAUUGGAACUUAGAGGCGGUGAUGGAAGCGUCUUAUUUUGUAUC